AUGCCGCCAGGAAAACAUGUCCGGGCCCUGGUGGUCAUCACAGUCUUCCCGUCUAUCAGUCUUGCCCUGGUAGCACUGCGCAUGGUCUCUAGAUCUUUGUCGAAAAAUUGGGGAUGGGAUGAUGUACUGAUAAUAAUUGCGAUGGUCAUGUCGAUAGGGAUGUGUGCGACAAGUUGGGGCUAUACGAAACAUGCUCGCCAAGGAUAUCCCUUGGAAACAUUCCCAUCAGAGACACCAACGCUGGAUAUCGUGGGUGAGAAAUUCAACCUUGCAAACCAGCUCCUUUAUAACCCCAUCCUCGCUUUCGUAAGAGGAUCUAUCAUUAUAUUUAUCCUCCGUCUGAACGGCCUUCGUACUCAUGUCAUCCGCUCGCUUCGUGUCCUAUUUGUGGUCAAUUUUUGCCUAAUGGCCGCUAUAUUCUUUGCCGACCUCUUCCAAUGUAGCCCCGUACGCUACAUUUGGGAUUGGCAGAACAUGGACCGUGAAGCCCAGAUAGAUGCCGGGGCAGGAACGGAUGGAAUGAAGGAUGGGAAGGUGAUCAAGGGGGGAACAUGCAUCGAUAGAAGAGGAUUUUUUAUCUCAACUGCAUCGUUGUCGAUAUUCUUAGACGUGUGGCUUCUGUACAUUCCUUCGGCUAUCGUUUGGGGAAUAAAUAUGCCUAGGAGGCAAAAGGAAAUAGUUGUGCUUGUGAUGAGUAUAGGAGUUCUCGUCACGGGUGUUUCAAUCGCGCGUCUCAUCGUAUCAUCUCGACGGUGGCAUAAGCCUUACAUAGAACGCCAAUACAACAUCGAUUACACAUUAUCCAACGUUGAAACCAAUUGUGCAAUUUGGGCCGCUGCCGCCCCAGCGUUAAAGUCACUUCUCUCACGAAUGUCUCCCAGAUGGUGGAUAACAUCGACAACGAGUGAUCCCAAAGCCUCUACCCUCCGACAUGGCAUGGGCUUCCGAAACCCCAUGCCAGCAUCGGCCACACCAUCGACCAUGGCUAACAGUGACGAAAGUCAGUACAACCCUUUUACGGUGUCAGGCAAUGCUUCUCAGGGAUUUCAAAUGGACUACCUGACACCACGGAGAAAUUGCGAUGCCUCUGAGGAGGAAAUCCAUCGGUUCGAGCAUGACGCGAAGGUCUCUGGCUUGUUUCGGAAAGGUCGCAAUUUCAUUCCGGAAGGCCAUUUGCCGGAAAUGACGAUGCUACCGCUAUCUGAUCCCUCGAUUGGACAGGGUUCUUUGGAUUCAACGACAGCGUCACCAAAUGGGAGUUCAACCAGAUCAAGGCCGAGUGCGUAG